UUAUUUCAUAGCAUAUCCGAUACAGAUCCGAUCCGAUGAGGAAUGGUUUACUUUAUAAUAAGAAGCUACUUCCCUGGAAAGCGGACGAAUGUGACAAUUUCUUCCAUGAGGAAUGGUUUGCUUUACUGGAGAAGUUCCUGUGUUCGCAGAUACAAGCCUAGGCACCUGCAUGUCCAUGGCUGUCUCUCCCGAUAUCACAACUGGAGAUCUCAAAAGAAAAUUUGAAAAGGAGCACCAGAUUUGUUUUCCAAAUUUAGGGGAAAUUAAGGUCCAUGCACUAAUGGUGAAAAGAAACUCAUUCUUUUACCAUUUAUCUGACUUUAUGCCUAUAAAAAAUGUCUUUCAUGGACCGAAAGGAGCUUGGUUUCUUCGUGUGGAAGCAAAUCCUGCAAAUGGUUCUGACAAGUCAUGCCAAUCUAAGAGUUUGGUUGCCAAAGUCAGUGACUGUAUUUCGGAUGAUAGCAAUGUUACCAGUUCUCAGAUACCCAAGAAGCAUAUUUCUUGCUUAAGUAAGAAUAAGAGAAAAGAUAAAGCUAGGGAAAGGAGAGAGAGGUAUAAAUGCUUUGAAGAUGUGUUAGAAGAACUUCUAAUGCCAGUUUAUAAUUCAAGGAAAAAGAAGAGAAAAUUAAAGGAAAAACGCUUUAUAGAAGAUACUGCUGAUGGAAUGCACAAAAGAUCUCUUGGUGCAAUUGAGGAAGCCCCAGGUGUUUGUUCUAAAGGGGAGUCUGGUGACUUUGGAGAGAAUGAGAAGGAUGACAGAGCACAUGUUUCUGAAACAACAAUUAGGGCAGUCCCCAGUGUGAGCUCAUCCGAGGUAGCAUCAAUAACAGAUAUCAUCACAAGAUACUUUCCACAGUUUGAUGAGGUGAACCAAUUUGAGUGUCCUCCAAACAGUGGUGGUGUUGAGGAUGACGAGGCCCGUGGAACCAAUCAAGUCCAUCAAGAUGAACUAUUGACUGCAAAGGAUGAAUGCCAUUCAAAGUCACAGGUUCAAAAUGCACCUCAGUGCAUGCCCAAAACACCACCUAGAAUCUUACAACUCCCAUUACCUGCCAAGCCCAGUCCUGGAGAUCCGUUGCCUGAGUUUGGAAGAACUGAAGUUGGGAAGCGUCUUCUCCUAGCAGCAAAUAACCUUGGUAUUUCUGCAACAAAGAAAAAUGCAGUGUUGUCAAAUAGUGGAAAAGUAUUACUUUCCAACUCAUCUCCACUCGUUAGAAGUAUUGUGUUUGAUAUUAGUGAUUCCGAAGACUGGAGGGAAUUCUAGAUAACAUCCACUUGAACUGUUGAAGUAGCAAUACGCAUAAUUCGUCAGAGGUGAUAAAGCAGGCGGUGUUAAUGCAUCUUUUUGCUUCUGCUUCUUGAGAUAUCCUUGGCUGAACUGAAUGCGAAGCAAAGCGAAUUUUCACUCUGCUUUGAUUUUGCAGGCAUUUUGGUAAGGAUAAAUUUGUUUUUCUGACAUGUUUGAAUUCAAAAUAGGAGCAAAGGUUUUAAACUAACUUUUA